AUGGCUAAAAGCCUAAAUUUAUCUUUUUUUCCUCUAAAAAUAAUUACUAUUUUUAAUUUUUUGUUUCCAAUUAUUUUCCUCUUUGCUUCAAUUUAUUUACCCCAAUCAGAAGCAACAUCUAAUAAUGAAAUAAAUACAAAAAAUUCCAAUGUCUGCCAAAAUGAAAAAUAUUCUUUACAAAUUCUUGUUUUAUUCGAUAUUUCACAAGAGGACUUUAAUUAUUUUAAAAAUCAACAAAGAAGGAUUGAAAAAGUUUUGAGACAUAUAAAUUUAAUUACCAAAGAAAGUUCUUCCAACUUUUAUGGAUUAAUUGCUUUCCAUCGUUCCCCUGUUGUAUUAAAUCCAAUUAAUUCUUUGGAAUCUUCUAAUGUUGACAAAGUUAUUGAACAAAUUCAUUCCCUCAGACCUCGCCGUCAUUUAGAAACAUCGCCAGCCAAAGCCUUAAUUAAAGGCACACAAUUAUUUUCGGAAAAUUCGAAUAAUUCAAAAAAUAUUAUUCUUUUGGUACAUAAUGGGGAAAAUACUGAUAUGGUUAAUGAAAGUAUUGAAGCAAUAACAAAAUUGUCGUCUAAAAACGUUUCUGUAUUUGCAAUAGCUGGUGAAUCAUUCAACGAAAAAACACUUUUAAGUUACACAAAUGAAGAAAAGGGACGUAUAUUGAGUGGCCAAAAAAGUGAAAAUUUAUUUAUUUCGACUUUAGAUAAGGCAAGUUAUUAA